UCCUCACACCAGUCUCAGUACAACAUUAGCGCAGUUUUUCUGUUCUUAUUCUAGUCUGCGUUUGCCUCAUUUUACCUGUUUAAAAAGGGAGUAUUUGUAAUCAGGUAACCCCUGGAGUCUUUUUUAAACGUCAAAAAACUAUUUGUGAUGGAUUACUGGUGAUUUUGGAUAGAACCAUGGAACAAAGAAAACGCCAGUCGGAAAUGAGGAGAGGAUGUCUGGUAGGAUGUGUAGCUGCUGUGCUUUUGUGGACUGUAGCCUCAGCGCAAUUACGAUAUUCGAUCUCUGAAGAAGUUAAAGAAGGAACUAUGGUUGGAAACAUAGCAAGAGAUCUGGGAUUAGAUAAAAACACGUUGAAAGACCGGAAGUAUCGGAUUGUUUCAAGUAACGAUGAUCCCCUUUUCUAUGUGAAUCCAAACGAUGGCGUUUUGUAUGUGAGUCGGAAGAUUGACAGAGAGGAGGUGUGCGUGCAGAUCAGUGCGUGUGUGAUAAAUGUGAAAACAGUGCUAGAAAAUCCACUAGAGGUCCACUAUGUUGAAGUGGAAGUUUUGGAUGUAAAUGACCAUUCACCUACUUUUUCGGAAAAUAGUACUACACUGGAGAUUUCAGAGUCAGUGUUGCCCGGGACACGAUUUCAGCUGAAAGCCGCCCGAGAUCGAGACAGUGGUCAGUUUUCAGUGCAGCGAUAUAUAAUUAGCAACAACGAACAUUUCCGUUUGGAGGUUAAGGAAAAACGAGAUGACGUAAAAAUACCAAUUUUAGUUGUUCAAAAAUCUUUAGACAGGGAAACUGCAAGAAGCCAUUCGCUAAUAGUGACAGCACUUGAUGGGGGCAAACCGCCGAAAUCUGGUAACAUGAAUAUUCUCGUAAAUGUUUUGGAUGUUAAUGAUAACGCGCCUAUUUUUUCUAAAGACGUUUAUUCAGUGACACUAAAUGAAAAUGUUCAGGUAGGAACACCAAUUAUUCAGGUAAAUGCAACAGACUUGGAUGAUGGCCCUAACGGAAAUGUGGUUUACUCAUUUAGCAACAGUAUGCAUCAAAACAUAUUAAGCAUUAUUGAUAUUAAUUCACUAACAGGACAAUUAACUGUUAAAGGUUUAAUAGAUUAUGAGGAGCAGGACGGAUAUGAAAUAGAAAUUCAGGCAUCAGAUAGAGGCCUGGCUCCUCUAACCACAGAAAAAAGUGUAAAUAUUAAGAUAAUUGAUGUGAAUGAUAAC